CGCCCGGGAUUCCCUGCGGAGCCGCGCGCCCGGGCUCCCAGUCCGCAGCCCGCCCGCCCUCCACGCUGCCCGGGAAGCUCCGCGGCCAGCGGGGGACCAGGCGAGUGGCCCGGCCGCCCCAGGGCUGCCCGCGCCCCCCUUGGCCCCGCGCCGCCUGCGCCCCCCGCGUCUCCGCGCCCCGCCGUCCACCCCGGCCCAGCGCGUACCACCCGGGCGCCCAGCAGCCGUGACCCCGGCGCGGCCCUGUGCCCGCAGGUCCCUGCCGCGUCGGGGAGGAUGUACCCGAGCCUGGCGCUGGCCCCGAGCCCCAGCCAGGCCGCCUACGCGGACUCAGGCGCCUUCCUGCCCGCGCCGGCCGCCGGCUCCCCGGUGUUCGUGCCGCCCGCGCGCGUCCCCCCCAUGCUGCCCUACCUGCCGCCGUGCGAGCCGGGCCCGCAGGCUCCCGGACGAGGCGCGCACCCCGGCUGGGCGCAGGCGGCCGACUCGGCACCCUUCGGGCCCGGCAGCCCGCCCCCGCCGGCCGCCCCGCCACCCGCAGCCACCGCCUUCCCCUUCCCGCACAGCCCCUCGGGGCCCGGGGGCGGCGCGGGGGCCCGGGACGGGAGCGCCUACCAGGGCGCGCUGCUGGCCCGUGAGCAGUACCCGGCCCCGCUCGGGCGGCCCGUGGGCGCGUCCUACCCCGCCGCCUACCCGGCCUACGUGAGCCCCGAGGGGGCCCCGGCCUGGACCUCGGGACCCUUCGAAGGCAGCGUCCUGCACGGCCUGCAGAGCCGCCCGGCUGGCCUCCCCGGCCGCCGAGCCACCUUCGUGUCGGACUUUCUGGAAGAGCUCCCCGGCGAGGGUCGCGAGUGUGUCAACUGCGGGGCGCUGUCCACACCGCUGUGGCGUCGCGACGGCACCGGCCACUACCUGUGCAACGCCUGCGGCCUCUACCACAAGAUGAACGGCGUCAACCGGCCGCUCGUGCGCCCGCAGAAGCGCCUGUCCUCGUCCCGCCGAGCCGGCCUCUGCUGCACCAACUGCCACACGACCACCACCACGCUGUGGCGGCGCAACGCGGACGGGGAGCCGGUGUGCAAUGCCUGUGGCCUCUACAUGAAGCUGCACGGGGUGCCGCGGCCCCUGGCCAUGAAGAAGGAAAGUAUCCAGACGCGGAAACGGAAACCCAAGAGCGUUGUGAAGACCAAGAGCAACUCAGGAGGCCUGGGGAACGGCACAGCCUCGCCGCCCUCUGUCCCGGACCCUGAGAGCCCAGGGGCUACCUUGAAACCCAAACCCAGCCUGGCUUCUCCUUCAUGCCCCGGGUCCAGCAUCACCUCCCAGGCCCCUGGCCCCGUGGACGACCCCCUGGCCCCCAGCCACUUGGAGUUCAAGUUCGAGCCCGAGGACUUUGCAUUCCCCUCCGCAGCCCUGGGGCCCCAGGCUGGCCUGGGCGGGGCCCUGCGCCAGGAGGCCUGGUGUGCGCUGGCCUUGGCCUAGGUCCUCGGGCUCCCGUGGCCCCUCCGGCUGCCUGUGCAGCCCCCGCGCAGCAGAGAGAGGCCACCAGGCCUGCAGAAACGGGCCAGCGGGGCCGGGGGCGCCGGGUCCCUGUGUACAGACAGCCGUCAGGCCCCAGAGCGGGAGGAAGGCUGAGGGGAAGCGCCUGGGCCCCCACCGUGGACAGCAGGGGACGCCCCAGCGGCACUGCCAGGCUCUGACCGGCCCACUCCGGCCAGGGCUGACCCGGGGCCCCCGCCGCCACCUCGAGCUCUCUGGUCAACAUUUGCUGUCACCACAUCUACAAGUUGCUGCAGGUGGAACAGCCCCAGCCCCCCGGAGCACGACCGGGAUGGCCGAGGCCAGGCAGGCAGCGUGAAUGAGGGGACCUCCUCAAGCCUCACUCAGGAUCCGUCCCUCUCUCACGUUCGAUGGAUGCAGCCACGGCGCCGAGAAUGCCCCCUGAGGUGGCACCUCCUGUUCAAGCAGCACAAUUUCCGAGUGAUCUUGUCUUGUUUUUUUCAAAGACAAACGAUGCCUUAAGAAAACAAAUGUAAAAUAAAGAC